AAGAGAAAGAGGGAGAGAAAGGAGCACUCCAUACACAGAGCUUUGCCCACUUUAUAACAGCAUCCUCUCAAAAACACAGAGAUUAUUUGCAGGAGGGAUCUAACAGACAGUUAAACAAUAAUAAGGAUCAAGAGUGGGGAAAAAGAAAAUUGUGGAGAAGGUUCCUGUAACUUCAGGGGAGCAAGAGGGAAGUUGCUGCUAAAAAUCAGCCAACCAACAACCUCCCCCACCAGAAACUGAGUCUGAAUUCUCCUCAAGUGAAAGUGAAACAACUAAAGGAGUGAAAGUGUGUGCGAGAGGCAGAGUGUUUGAAAUGUGUGUGUGUGUGUGCUGUGCAUGUAGGUGAGACUCCAGUGCGUGUGGAAAGAGCAUGAUCCACUCCCCAGAGCCCCCUGCAGCUGGCUGGAAGGCUGUUGGUGAAGAAGACCAUGAGCCCUGACUGCAUGGCUGUCCCCCAGCAGCUUCCAGAUCCUCAGCUCCCCUCUAACAAGCUUCACGGAGCAGACAGCUGCUGAAAAGCCCAAAGGAAAAAAGCACAGGAUCACUAUGGGAAAUACCUCUGGCCUUUCUUGAGACCCGGAGCAAGAGAAAGGUGUUUUGACCAAAGGGAAGCAGCAGCAGGGACUUGGAGCUCCCUCCACUGUCGCUGUCAGAAGUUUUAGCCAAUCAAAUGCACCCUGACAAUAAACUGACCAAUCAUGGAAAGACAGGUAACAGCGGCACCCAGUCUCAGCACCAUAAUGUGAGCCAAGGACCCACCUGCAACCUGGGGUCUAAGGGCGUGGGGGCGGGAAAUCAUGGCAGCAAAGCCAAUCAGAUUUCUCCUGGCAACUCUGGACUGAAAAACAGCCAGAACGCUGUCCCAAACUUUGGGUCCUUGAAGGGCAAAGUGAAACGGGAACGAAGCAUCUCGGUGGACUCAGGAGAGCAGCGGGAAGCCAGCACCCCCUCACUGGACACAGAAUCAAAAGGUGAGGUGGCUCCCCGCAGCAAGCGUCGGUGUGUGCUGGAGAGGAAACAGCCAUACAGCGGGGACGAAUGGUGCUCAGGCCCGGACAGCGAGGAGGACGACAAACCCAUCAGCAGCACACACAACUGUAAUGUAGCAGAUCCUGCAAUGUCCACAGCCCCGCAGCUUGGUCCUGGGUCCAACCCGCUGCCGAACCUGAAUGAGACCAGUUCUUCCAAUGCACCACAUGGCGCUGCUCCUGGCCUGCGACCCGAUGCUGGGGGCAGUGGAGGUGGUGGUGCCGGAAAGCAGCCUUCCCAGUUUGUUUACGUCUUCACCACUCACCUUGCUAACACUGCCGCAGAAGCCGUCUUGCAGGGGCGAGCAGACUCCAUCCUGACCUAUCAUCAGCAGAAUGUACCCCGGGCAAAGCUAGACCAGGCUCCGGCUCCCAAGGUACUGGGAGUCGCCGAGCAACUGGCAGUUAACCCACCUGCCUCCAGCACUCCACAGUCCCAGCCCCCAGCAUCGCAGGGCAACCAGGCACAGCCUCAGCCCCCCCCAGCACAGCCCCCCCCACCCCAAAGCAUCAGUCAGCAAGCUCUGCCUGCACCAACUACCCUAGCCCAGGAAGGGACGGGAGAGGACAUUCGGCGGGACCUGACUCCCAACUCUGUGGGAAAUAGCAGCAGCAGCACCCAGCCAGGGAGCAACCACCCCAACACGCCCAACGCCUCCACCAACCCGAUGCAGCCUGGGCAGGUGGACUCUUCUAGUGCUUCCAGCUCUAACUUACUGGGGGAUGGUGCCAGUGCUGGGGCAGGCGGAAAUGGGCAGGUAGUGCUGGGCCCCAGGAACCCUAUGAACUCAGAGGGGCUCUCUAAGGAGCAGCUGGAGCACCGGGAACGCUCCCUGCAGACCCUGCGGGACAUUGAGCGCCUGCUGCUGCGCAGCGGUGAGGCCGAGCCCUUCAUGAAGUCCAACCAAAGUGCUGGUGAGGGUGGCCCCACUCCCCAGCCGCAACCCCCACCCACCCAGCCACCCCUCCCACCUGCGGGCAUGAAGAAGUAUGAAGAGCCCCUGCAGUCCAUGAUUUCACAGACGCAGAAUCUGGGGGGCCCCAACUUGGAGCAUGAGGUCCCCCACCACCCAGGCUCUGACAUGGGGCAGCAGAUGAACAUCAUGAUGCAGCGGCUGAACCAGGACAGCCUGACACCAGAGCAAGUGGCCUGGAGGAAGCUGCAGGAGGAGUAUUAUGAGGAGAAGCGGCGGAAGGAGGAGCAGAUCAGCAUCCAUGGUCGACCUAUGCAGGAGAUGAUGAUCCCACAGUCCAUGGGUGGCAUGAUGAUCCGGGGGCCACCACCACCCUAUCACAGCAAACCAGGGGAGCCGUGGCCUCCAGGGAUGGGCAGCCAGCUAAGGGGGCCCAUUGAGGUCCAGGACCCCAUGCAGAUGAGGGGAGCACCCCCCUUCCCAGGGCCAAGGUUCCCUGGAAAUCAGAUGCAGAGGGUCUCUGGCUUUGGCGGGAUGCAGAAUGUGCCCAUGGAUGCCCUUGGGCCCAUGAAUGCUAUGCAGCGGCCAGUCAGGCCUGGCAUGGGAUGGAAUGAUGAUAUGCCUCCAAUAGGAGGCCCAGGGAACUUUCCACAAGGGAGCCUGCCCUAUCCUUCAGGGCAAGGGGACCCUGAGCGGUUCAUGAACCCUCGAGCCAGGGAGGAGAUCCUGAGGCACCAGCUGAUGGAGAAGCGCCCGGUGGUGAUGCAGAGGCCCAUGGGGAUGUCUGGCAGCUCCAUGAGCCAAGGUUUGGAAAUGGAGAGGAUGAUACAGGCUCACAGGCAGAUCGACCCGUCCAUGUUCCCUGGACAGAUGCCAGGAGAGAGCCUAGGUGGCACACCCAUAGGUAUGGACUUCACGGGUACCCGGGGGAUAUUGAGCCCACCCAUGAGCCAGUCGAGCCUCCGAGACAUGGAUGCGCCCAUGGGACCUGGGAACCUCAACAUGAACAUGAAUGUCAACAUGAACAUGAACAUGAACCUCAAUGUCCAGAUGACCCCACAACAGCAGAUGAUGAUGUCGCAGAAAAUGAGGGGCCCUGACAUGAUAGGCCACCAGGGCAUCAGCCCUGAGGAUCUGGCCAGGGUGAGGGCUCAGAAUGGUAGUGGUGGCACAAUGAUGGGGGGGCCACAGAAGAUGAUGAUCCCCUCACAGUUCCCCAGCCAAGGGCAGCAAAGCUUCUCAGGUGGGCAGGGCCCCUAUCCAAGCAUGCCCCAGGAGAUGGGCAGUGCCCCAGACAUGUUCAGCCCUGAACAGGGUGCCAUGUCCAUUGGGAACAUCGGCGGCACCACCAGGCUCAGCCACAUCCCUUUGCCGCCAGCUUCCAAUCCCCCUCCCACCCAAGGGGGCAACCUAGCCAACAUGCACCCGGCACCCUCACGGGGGCUGGGCCGCAGGCCCUCCGACCUCACCAUCAACAUCACCCAGAUGAACUCCCCUGGCAUGGCCCACCUCAAGUCCCCAACUCUCAGCCAGGUGCACUCACCGCUUGUCCCCUCCCCAUCUGCCAACCUGAAGUCUCCCCAGACGCCCUCGCAGAUGGUCAGCAUGCCACCUUCCAACCAGUCUGGGCCCCUGAAGUCGCCCCAGGUGAUGAGCUCCUCCCUCAACGUCAGGUCUCCCACCAGCUCACCAAGCCGCCUGAAGUCCCCUUCCAUGGCCGUUCCUUCACCCGGGUGGGUGCCAUCUCCCAAAACCACCUUGCCAAGUCCAGGAGUCAGCCAGAGCAAGCAGCCUAUCAGCAUGAAUUCGUCAGCUUCCAUGGGAGGGCUGGAUCAGGGUUCGCUCCCUCCUGGGCCUAGGAGCAGUUCCUCUGCGCCAGCCAGUAAUCCCUCUAGCACCAUGAAUCCCAACAUACCUUUUACUUCCUCUCCAGAUCCAUCCCCCUCCCAGAACCCCCUCUCGCUGAUGAUGUCACAGAUGUCCAAGUAUGCCAUGCCCAGCUCCACACCACUCUACCACAAUGCCAUCAAAACCAUCGCCACCUCUGAUGAUGAGCUGCUCCCAGACAGGCCUAUGCUCCCACCAGGAAGUAUGCCAGGUAUCACAGGAAAUCAGCCAAAUCAACUGCACUUGAACUCAGUGGGGCCUGCAUCCUCGCAGAGUCCCAUGGGGAUGAACUUGCCUGGCCAGCAGCCACUCUCCCAUGAACCCCCCACGUCCAUGAUGUCCUCGCCGAAUCCCCUGGGCGCCAACAUUCCGAUGCACCCUGGUGCGCAGGGGACGGGUGUGCCCCCCCCAAACCCCAUGAUGCUGCCUCCAGGGCCCCAGGACUCCUUGAACCAGCCCUGCGGCCCUGUGCCAAACAAUUCUCAGAUGAUCCCUUCCAACCAGCUGGUGUUCCCCCGCAUGCAGCAGCCCCACAAUGCCAUGCAGUCUCCAGCUGCGGGUAUGCCCAUGACACCAGGAGGUGGGGGAGGGGCUGGGAUUCAGCAACAUUACCCGCCUGGGAUGCCCUUGCCACCAGAGGACCUUCCCUCCCAGCAGCCUGGCCAGAUGCCCCCCCAGCAGCACAUGCUGGGCAAGAACAUCCCUCCUCGGAUUGGAGAUCCCUACCCCCCUGUGCUUCCGGGUGUGGCUUCAGUGCUGAAUGACCCUGAGCUCAGUGAGGUCAUCCGCCCCACACCUACGGGCAUCCCUGAGUUUGACCUUUCCAGGAUCAUCCCUUCAGAGAAGCCGAGCAGCACCUUGCAGUAUUUCCCCAAGAAUGACAGCCAAGCACCGAAAUCACAGCCUUCCAACCUCCACCUCAUGAACCUGCAGAACAUGAUGGCUGAGCAGCCACCCACGCGGCCAGGCAUGAGCACCCCCAGCCUUCCAGGGCAGCAGGGCAUGCAGCGGGGACUCAACAUGUCUAUGUGCCACCCUGGACAGGUGUCCAUGCUGGGCAGGACAGGUAUGCCACCCCAGCAAGCCAUGAUGGGGAACAGCAUGCACCAGGGCAUGAUGUCCCCCCAGCAAAGUCUGAUGGCCCAGCAGAAUUUCAUGCUGAUGCAGGCUAAGCAGAGGAGCAUGUCUGUGUCAGGGGAAAUGUACGCCCAGACGGGCCAUAUGAUGUCGCCUCAGGGCUCCCUCAUGGGGCCCCCACCUCAGCAGAACCUUAUGGUCACACACCAGAUGAGGCAGAGGAGUGUUUCACUGGACAGCCAAAUGAGCUACAUCUCCGGGCCUGGAAACAUGGCAAACCUGCCUUUCUAAUCAUGUCCUGAGGGGCAAGGGCCGAUUGUAGAAACUUUUUUUUAAACCUUUAUUUGGAUUAG